UUUAUUUUAGUUAGAAUGCGUUAGAAUUCGGUAGUUUCCUGUCUUUCCAGUAAACAAAUUAAUGGAAUAAAUCGUCUGCUGAUCUAGAGUGAAGUCACAUUUGCAAAGCUUCUGAGUGAGUAGGUUGAUCAGUCAACAACGAAUCGAACACCCGAGCUUUAAAGAUGAUUUGGGGAAGAAGAGCGCUUCAACAUGUCAAACGAUUUAAAAGACUGCCAUUUCAGCCAGAAGGGCUGCACAGAUGUAUGUCUGCAGCAACACAAAACUUGGUGGUUGAAAUGGAUGGAAAAUCUGGUGUUGCUGUAGUUAAACUGAACAAACCUCCAGUCAAUAGCUUCAACUUGGAAUUCUUGACAGAGAUCAACAUUCUUAUGGAAAAACUUGAAAAUGACAAGUCUUGUAGGGGACUUAUUUUGACAUCGAAUAACAACAAGAUAUUCAGUGGAGGCCUUGACAUAAUGGAGAUGUACAAUCCCCAGCCUGAUCGACUGGCGGAGUUCUGGAGGACGCUGCAGGGCAUGUGGCUCAGCUUGUAUGGCUCCAGACUUGCAACCAUUGCCGCCAUCAAUGGCCACAGUCCAGCUGGCGGAUGUUUGACGGCCCUGAGCUGUGACUACAGAAUAAUGGCCCCAGGGUUCACCAUUGGCCUCAAUGAAACACAACUGGGAAUCAUUCCCCCAUUUUGGUUUGUGGAGUCGAUGAUUAACGUUACAGGCCAGCGGCAAGCUGAGGUAUGCUGUCAGAAGGGCCUCAUGAUGACCACGGAGCAAGCCCACAGUAUUGGCCUUGUGGACGAUGUGGUGCCAGGGGAGGCAAUCCUGGAGCGCGCACACAAUGAGAUGAAGAACUGGCUCAAAGUGCCCGACUUUGCGCGGCAGUUGACAAAGCGACAGAUUAGAAAACCAACAAUGGACAGACUGAUAGCAAAACGGGAUGAGGACAUACAGAACUUUGUUCAGUUUAUCACCAAAGACUCUGUACAAAAGGCUAUGGGAGUCUACAUUGAUCAAUUGAAAAAUAAAGCUAAAAAGUGAUUUUUUCGGAAAAUAUAUGCUAAUGAAAUACAUUACAAAAUGUAGUACAUAAUUUUUGCAUGGUAAUGUUUGAAGAAAACAAAUAUCCAGGCAAUAUAAUGUAUGAAGUGUGCUGUUGUUAUGUUUAAAUAAAUAUGCUUUACAGUUUUUUUAAUUCGAAGUUUUAGUUUUGUAAAUUGUCCAAAGUGAAUAAAUAUUUGAGGGACAUGUUCAUAGUUUUCCCAUACAUGAUUAUUUUACCAAGUUAAUUUGUCAUAUUCCUAAAAUACGCAUGUAUAAUUUUCAUGUGUGAACCAAUAAAGUUAUGAUUUGUUAUGAAAAUAAAAUUUAAGGCCACUUAAAGUUUUAUGAGGAGACCAGGUUGGUAUAACAAACAGAUCAAAUGUGAUGUAUUUGCUUUGAUUAUUCCAUAUUACCAGCAUGAUUUAAGAAACAUGGGUAUAUGUGAUAAUAGCUUGAUAAUCAGUAUUUAGAUGAGUGUAAAUACCAGUAAUUAUUAUUAUACAAUUGAGUCAAAAAAUUACAUUAUUGUGUGUUGAUAGUUAUUGAAAAUAGUUGAGCUUUUGGCUUUGUAAAGUUAACUUAUUAAAUACCUCACUUGUAUGCCUUAUUGUGUGUAUAAAACUGUAAACCAAGAGAAAUAAAAAAGAUGUUUAAUUUUUUUUAUCAAGUGCAAGUAAGUUUAAAAUAUUGUAUUCCAGGUGCAAAUCUUAUGAAAUAUUUUCUUCGGAUUUUCCAAAAAUCUAUGGGAACAAGUAUUGCAAUAAAACAUCUGAACUAUUGGAAUUGAAUCACUUGAUGCUUAUGUUGAUGGCAAUGUUUUUUAGCCUAGCUCUGGGAAAUAUGUGUAAAUGCAUGUGCGUAAAGUGUCACACCAGACAGUGUGUUCAGUCUGUACAGUAUAAUCAGGAACAACACUUCCUGCUUUAAUGGAAAUGUUUAUUUAAAGGAUGUUUCUUCUUAGCAAAAUUCCAGUUUAGGCGGAAAGUGUUAUCCCUUAUUAGCAUGUAUGCACUGCACAGGCUUAUCUGGGACGACACUUUUCACACAUACAUUAAACUCGUUACCAAAAGUGACACUCAUAUCUAAGCGAAUAAUUAGUUUAGAAAUGAUGAAACCUUUUUCUGUAAAUACAUUUUUUCGUGAAUAGUAUGCACAACUAAGUGUGUUAAAAUAUUAAUCAAGUAAUGGGCAUUGUUGCACCUGGUGCUGGAAUUGUUGUCAAAUUUUCAUUCCUGUUUGUAUCUUUAAAAGGAGUCUUAAAUUAAAACUGGAAAAUCUUU